UUGAGAAAAGCUGGAUCCCUUCUAGCCAUGACCCAGUACAGUUUUUUUCUCCUUUAGUUCAUAGUUCGUGGUUAUUUUGUUCAUGGUCCUUUAGAGCUGGGUCAGAGCUAGAGCUGGGUCAGAGCUAGCGGAUCCUGUUAUUUUUUAGAUCAAUGAUCCUGAAUCAUUCAGCACAUUAGCAAACAUCGCCGUUCUAGCAUCAUCACCAUGAAAGUAAUGUCCUUGGGUCGUCUUAAUUCGGUGGUAGCAGCCUAAACGAUGGAUGGGGAAUCGAAGGCCAAACCUUGGGUAGAGGAGGAGAGCACAGCCACAGCCCCAGAGGAGGAACCCAUAGACACAGGCGCCACUCCCUCCUCAGAGCAAACUACACCCCCCACGAGAACCCAGGCUCCUGUCACCAAGGCAACAGAGGAACCCUCCAGGGUUAUGGAGAACAAUGAUGAUGAUGAUGUGGUGCUGGUGGAAGAGGCCCCGCCUCCCUCAGGGAAACAGCCCCCCACCCCCUCUGCUACUCCCUCUUUCCAAGCUGGCGCCCCCACUGCCUCCACCCCCACAGACUACACUGAGCCCCGCCACCCGGAAACAGAAACCACAGCAAUGGUAAACACGACAACCGCCACAGCAGCAUCAUUCCCCUCCAAGACCCCGAGUCCACCCGCCACCUCUUCAGCACCCACAGAGCCCAUAGUCAUUGACGAUGAGGAGGAUCCCGGGCACAGAGGCUUUUCCUCACUAGCCACAGCCGGAGGCCCCUCUUCAGACAGCGAAGGCAUCCUGAGCAGCACGGAGCCCGACUCUGAGAUAAAGAUCGCCAGUGUCACAACGCUGGGGCCCUCUGUCGCCAUGGCAGCUACAGCAGCCGAGCCAAUGGCAGAAGGGGACAUGAACCUGGUGAUCACCAGUGUGACAUCACUUCAGGGCGGAGUGGGGGGGGAGUGCAUGGUGGAGAAUGGCUUGCAGAUCAGCAGCACCUUCAGUCUGAACCCUGAGGCCCAGAGCUCCAUCAGCACCAACAGGCCCCCGGCCACCUUCAACCCUGGCCGGGUUAGCAACACCUCCACCACUAGCCAGCCUGUACAGAACGGAGACACGGGGACCCACCAGAGGCCUGAUUCGUGGAUCUCCCAGUCAGCCUCGUUCCCGCGGAACCAGAAACGGACAGGGGUGGACUCUACAUCGCCAGCCGCAUCCCUGCCCAAACCGCCCGGCCCCUCCCCCUCAGGCUCCCAGAACCCCCCUCGCACUGUCAAGGUGACCUGCGCCAAUUGUAAGAAGCCUCUGAAGAAAGGCCAGACGGCCUACCAGCGGAAAGGGUCCACACACCUUUUCUGUUCCACCACCUGCCUCUCCUCCUUCUCACACAAACCCACCCCCAAGAAGAGCUGCACCAUGUGCAAAAAGGACAUCACUACAAUGAAGGGCACCAUCGUGGCCCAGGUGGACUCCAGUGAGUCAUUCCAGGAGUUCUGCAGUACAGGCUGUCUGGGAGCCUACGAGAACAAACAGAACCCAGCCAAGUCCUCCCUUAAAACUAAGUGCACUGUCUGCAGCAAGCUCACUGAGAUCCGCCAUGAGGUGAGUUUCAAGACGGUCACCCAUAAGAUCUGCAGCGAUGCCUGUUUCAACCGUUACCGCAUGGCCAACGGGCUCAUUGUGAACUGCUGUGAGCAGUGUGGGGAAUACCUGCCCAGCCGCGCGACCGCCAACCACUUCCUCAUCAUCGAUGGCAAGCAGAAACGCUUCUGCUGCCAGAACUGUAUAAGUGACUACAAGCAGGCCAACUCUAAGAUGAUGAUGUGUACUGGCUGUAGGGCCAUGGUCAGGUCUAGUGAAGUCACUCACUGCAUCGGGGCCAGCGGCACCAUGGAAUCGUACUGCUCCACAGCCUGCGUGAGCAAGACCAAGCUCGCCAGCAGCGCUACCACUAUCCUCCACUCGGAGCCCACGUGUCACUUCUGUAAGAAGACAUCGUUACCUCAGUACCAGGCAUCGCUGCCUGAGGGGAAGGUCCUAAACUUUUGCAGCUCAACGUGUGUCACCAAGUACCAGAAUUCCACCAUUCAUACAGUAACCAAUGGACAGGCUCCCCUGUCUACAACGAACCACAACAUCCAGCUCAAAUGUAAUUACUGUCGAGGAGCAUUUAGCCUAAAGCCUGAAAUCCUGGAGUGGGAGGAUAAAGUGUACCAGUUCUGCAGUAAGAUAUGUUGUGAGGACUACAAGAAGCUGCACUGCAUCGUCACGUUCUGUGAGUACUGCCAGGAGGAGAAGACGCUCCAUGAGACAGUCAAGUUCUCCGGAGUCAAGAGGCCCUUCUGCAGCGAAGGUUGUAAGCUGCUGUUCAAGCAGGACUUUGCCAAGCGGCUGGGUCUGAAGUGUGUCACCUGUAACUACUGCACUCAACUGUGUAAGAGAGGAGUGACCAGGCAGCUGGCCGGGGUGUCCAGGGACUUCUGCAGUGAAACCUGCGCCAAGAAGUUCCACGAGUGGUACUACAAGGCGGCGCGUUGUGACUGCUGUAAGGUGCAGGGGAACCUGACUGAGUCGGUACAGUGGAGAGCAGAAAUGAAGCACUUCUGUGACCAGCAGUGUCUCCUCCGCUUCUACUGCCAGCAGAAUGAACCCAACCUGGCAACGCAGAAGGGCCCAGAGAACACCAGACUUGGAUUUGGAAUACAAACCGAGGCAACCAACAUUGCGAUGUUGAGUCAGCCGUACACCGGUGGAGGGAUCCUAAAGGACGUGAAGAAUAAAGCUGUACUCUGCAAGCCUCUCACUAUGACCAAGGCCACCUACUGCAAACCACACAUGCAGAGCAAGCUCCUACAGACAGAUGAGGAUGACGGGGUGAAGAGGGAGUACAUUCCUGUGCCUAUCCCUGUACCCGUGUUCAUCCCCGUCCCCAUGAACCUCUACGCCCAGAUCACACCCGUGUCUAUCACACUACCCGUCCCGGUUCCAGUGCCGAUAUUUCUGCCGACCACGCUGCAGGGUGCAGAGCAGAUUGUCCAGACCAUCAACGAGCUGAAGGCCAAAGUCCCCACUGACCCCCACGAGGCUGACCUCCUCUCCAUGGCUGAGAUGAUCGCAGAGGACCAGAAGCCAGAUGUGAAGGUGAAGAGGGAGCGAGGAGAGGCCAGGUCCAGCAGCUCCAGUAGCAGCGGCUCUGAAUCAGAGGCUGAGGAGGAGAAGUAUGAACCAGACCUGGACCUGGAGAACGACUUUCCUCAAGACCCUGUUCCCACGCUGGAGAGUCUGGACAUGGACAUGGGGUUCACCCUGCCCCCUCUCCUGGCUGAGGAGAAGGAAGUGGCACCCAGAGCCAGGAGACAGGGACACAAGAGGCGAGCUGUAGAGGGAGACCCUUCCUCCCCCUCUCCCCCUACGCCAGACGGCCCUGUGGAGGGGCGCUCGCUACCCCUGAGAUCUCGCUACGGGGUCAACGCCUGGAAACGUUGGGCGUUGUCCUCAGCUGACCAAUCAGGUGACGAUAAAGGGAAAGACUACCUCAAGCAGGAACCUCCACCGGCCCGGUCGAAGAGUAACCCGCUCUCUCUGAAAGCAUCAGAGCUCAGCCUGGCCCUGUCACGGUUUGUCCAUGAGGUACGGCGGCCAAACGGAGAACGCUAUGCCCCCGACAGCGUCCUCUACCUCUGCCUGGGCAUCCAGCAGCAUCUGCAGGCCAAAGGCAGGAAAGAUGACCUGUUCAGUGACCUGUGCUACGAGCCGUUUGGAGAGGAGCUCAACAAGGUCCUCAAAGACUGGCAGCCCAGCGUGAUGCCUGAUGGCUCUCGGUGGGGCCGUGUGGAGGAGCAGUGCCUGUGGAGCUGUAAGCUGCUGGGUGAGCAGAGUCCUGCAGCAUUGCUGCGCUCCCUGGUCUAUCUCAACACCAAGUACUUUGGCCUGCGCACCGUGGAGCAGCACCUGCGCCUCUCCUUCAAGAAUGUCUAUGGCCCCGACCACACAGACCCAACCACACAGGAAACCACCAUCUGCAUCCGCAUCCCUUCCAUCUCCUCACCAGACCACCACUUACAAACAGGGUCCAGGAAGAGGAAACGUAAGGAGGACAGUGACGCGGCCUACGAGCCAGACGACGGCUCGGGAAGCUCCACACACUGUCCAGUCAAAAAGCACGAGGGCAGAUUCUAUGAACUCUACCGUUCCAAGUGCCCGGGGUCGUUGAGGCAGCGUAUGGACGUGUUCUAUGUGCAGCCAGAGGCAUCGGGCAGCAGCUGUGACAGUGACAGCUCCCUGUGGUUCUCCUCUACUCCUCUGGACCGCAGCGUCCUGGAGAGUAUCCUCACCCCUCUCCUCCUGGUCAAAGACAUCUACAGAGAGCGCCAUCUAGAAGAAGAGGAGGAGGUAGGCGGGGAAUAGAGUCCACUCUUCCUCCAUCACAGAGAAGAGGAGGAUUAGGGGGUCCUCUUAUCCUCCAUGUUCCAUCCGCAACAACAUUACAACUGGGUUGCUGCAUUAUCUGUUAGUUAUUCCACCAUUUCACACCGAUCUCAGGCCAGCUGUGAGCGUACAGUGGAUGUCCGGUUGGAAGGGACUGCACAUGCCCAGAGCUGAUCGGAGGACCGUGUUUCCCUGAAGGGCCAAGGAAGGGGACUCUGACUGCGUGUAGCUAGCGUAUUGGAGUGUGUCGUGUGAAAAGCCAUUCACCAUGAACUGUUGCCCUUCCUUCCUUCCUUCCAUAGGGGAACUCUGUCCACGUGAUGUAGCAUUAUUUACUAAGCCCAGAUUGGGCUGCUAUGCUGUGUAAAUAUUUCUGAAAGUUAAAAGUAGUGGACGGGAAGAGACAGCGAGACAUCCACCAGAAAUGCCCACUGAAUCCUCCUCCCCUUUGACCCCCAGAAGCCUUUUAAAGAUGAGACAUUUAUUUAUUGCGGUUGAUUGAUUGGUUCUAUUGUACGUUUGUUCUUUGUACGCCGGGUUGUGAUGUGUUCGAUUGUGCCAUUUUCCUCUCCUCCAUUAAGAGCAUUAAUUAGUUGAUUUAAUUAAAUCUGCUGCAGCCUGGAGCUCUCCUGUGUCUCUCUUUCCCUUGUCUUUUUCCUUUGGUGGGCGGUAGUGGUGGCUGUAGGGGUACUGUCUGGGGCUUCAGAGGAGUUGUAGGUACAAGUAUGAAGGAGAUGGUAUCCUGCCUAAAGACUACAUUUUGAAAUACUAUAUUUUGUCAAAUUGAAUCCCAUUUGUAUUUUGUUUUGUCUCAUUUAAGCUAUUUGAUGUUUAUUAUUUAGUUGAAAACGUAGCACUUGAUAAUGGGUGUUGAAUUACUCCCAGCUAAUGAGUGAUAAUCUGUUAACAUGUCAACAACAAACUGUUUCUGUUGUAACUAGGGUGGACAGAUCUCUUUCAGGAUUAGCACAUUAUAGACAUGCCUGGUGACGUUUCCCAAAUGUACUCCAUCUCCAGGCAUCCAAGUUACACUAGAAAGCUCUGCAUUUAUUUUAUUUAUGUUUUUUUACAGUUUCACUUUUACGUCUUCUUUGUAUUAUUUUCUAUCAAUAAAUUACACAAGCGAAUACCUCGUUUUUACGUUGACUUCUGAAUAGGAUUUUGUUUUUUCCGUUUUCGUUGAAUGGCACCUGCCUUGCCUAUUGACGUCCAUGUAAUGUCUGGAGACUACGCUUCGAGGCUGGAGGAUGUCUGGAAAGAGCCUGUCAAGGAAAGGAAAGGAGUCACGGUUGGUUCUGUGACUGACCGGCUGGCUCUGAAGCCUAAUGUGAAUGUGCCUAUCUGUGUGUACUGAACGUGUACGUGUAACUUCACGCGAGGUUGAUGCAGUGUGUGGGCUGAUAUGACAAAAUAAAUCAUUUCAUUUCUUAA